ACACUCUAGAAGACUUCGGUUAUUGUGACAGCAACUGUUCUGGAGAGCAGCUCGCGCAAAAAUACGAUCUAUCUGGUCUGUGGGGGUGGAACGCGGUUCAAAUUUUGUGAAUGGUUUUAGUUUGUUGUUCUUGUGUCACGUGUUUUUGCUGCUUUAGUUAAAUACUUGAAAAGUCGUUUUUACAACUCUUCAGCAUGGUGAAGUUUAACAAGGAGGGUUUCCUCCGAUUCGUCAAGCAGAAUUUGCUAAUUUUAAUGACAAUUGGUGGAGUGGUCAUUGGAGUUGCCUUGGGUCUGGGGUUGCGUGAUGUUGGCAAGGACGAAAACCUGUGGACUCAACGAAACAUUAUGUACGUGAACCUGCUUGGAGAUUUAUUUCUUCGAGUUAUUAAAGCAAUCAUCUUGCCGUUGAUUGUUACCUCCUUGAUCUCAGCGGUUGGUUCACUGGAUACUAACAUGUCGAAAAAGAUCGGUGGUCUUGCUAUUCUUUACUACAUGACCACGACUAUCCUGGCAGUGCUAGAAGGAGUUGCCCUAGUGAUCACAGUUCAACCUGGGAAGCGCUCAGACGAUAAAAAUGAUCUUGCUGAAGCACAGCGAACUAACGUGACCACGGCCGACACCUUGCUCGACCUGAUCCGCAACAUUUUCCCGCCAAAUCUAGUUCAAGCGUGUCUUCAGCAGUACCAAACCGUUUUGAGCCCACCGAAGGCAAACCCCUCGGAACAGGACCUCGACCUGUGGGACAUUUCCAGCCGGUUCGUCGACGGAACAAACCUGAUUGGAAUCGUGGCAGCGUCAAUCACCUUCGGAGUGGCGCUAAGUGCCGUCAAGAACGAUGCUCCAGUUUUGCUACACUUUAUUCAGCAACUCUCGGUGGCAGUGAUGAAGGUUACUGGUUGGAUUAUUUGGUUAUCGCCAAUCGGCGUCCUAUCCCUGAUUGCUGCCAAAUUCCUCGAAAUGGAAGACUUGGCGGAAGUUUUUGGCAAACUUGGCCUCUACUUUGCGGUGGUUGUUUCUGGCAUCGUAUUCCAUGGUGUCAUUGUACUACCUGCCAUCUACUUCCUGUUGACCCGUAAAAACCCGUACACGUUCCUGCUUAACAUGGGCCAGGCCAUCGCAACGGCAUUUGGAACCUCAUCCAGUUCGGCAACACUUCCGGUCACGCUGCAGUGUCUGGAGGAAAAGAACCACAUCGACACGCGGAUCACACGGUUUGUAAUACCGAUCGGAACUACGAUCAACAUGGACGGGACGGCACUUUAUGAGGCAGUCGCAGCGAUCUUCAUUGCUCAGUUGAGAGGCAUCGAUUUAAGCUUCGGCCAGGUUCUGGCGGUCGCGAUAACGGCCACUGCGGCAAGCAUUGGAACGGCAGCGGUUCCCCAGGGCGGCCUCGUAACCCUGGUGAUGGUCCUCGAUUCGAUUGGACUGCCCAGUGAAGACGUGUCACUAAUCAUUGCACUUGAUUGGCUCGUAAAUCGAGUAAGAGCUGUUGUGAACGUCUUGGGAGAUUGUUUUGGAGCGGGAAUUGUAGCUCACUACAGUCGGAAGGAUUUAGAAAAUAAUCCAUUGGAGAGUCCAAAAGUGAUUCAAGAUGAAUCUUCGAACGAAUUGAAUAAUGUGACAGGAAAAGUGAAUGUUUCUUAG